GGCUCUCUGCUGGAACUGCUACCCCCGCGACCCGACCACGGAUAAGCGGGAGAAGAUGGAUGGUUAUUUCGAUCUAUGUCUGUAAAACACACGGAAAAAUUGACAUUAAAGUUGACUUUGAGACUUUGGCUUUUGAAUAAAAGCUUUUAUGUUGAGUUGUGCCUCUUGUGUUGUUGUGUUCACUCUGACUGAGAGAGUAUUCUCUGAGUCUCAUUUGAGUGGAAACUAUUUUAUUUGUAUUAACCACAGAAGCCUUGCAGCUAAGAGUAAAACUGAUAACCUGAAGGAUUAGUAGAUGUGUUUCAAAAGGUGUUCAGAGUGGUUGAAGGAAGCGGUGACAGGAAGGAAACUGGUGUGGGCUACUUUCAGAGAAACAGUUUGAUGCCACAUCACAAAGAGGUACAAUGGAUCCAACAAGUCUUCAACGCCUCGUCUUCCUCACCUCCCUGCUGAGCUGCUCCACUAACCAGGCUCGUCUCACGGUGACUCCCAGCAGCUCUCAGGUGUUUAGAGAUGAACGUGUCUCUCUGAGAUGUGAGGACGCCUCUGAGGGAUGGACUGUGAGGAGAAACACGAGCAGGGACAGAAGAGCUGAGUGUGGAGUCGACUGGGGAAGCUCUGCUGGUUCCUCCUGUAACAUCAGCUCCAUGGACCCAACGGACAGUGGAGAGUACUGGUGUGAGUCCACAGAGGGAUCCACCAGUAACACCAUCACCAUCACCGCCUCUGGUGGAUCAGUGAUCCUGCAGAGUCCUGCCCUCCCUGUGAUGGAGGGAGAUGACGUCACUCUGACCUGUAGAACAAAGAUGGCCGACCCCCCCUCUGCUGAUUUCUACAAAGAUGGCGUCUUCAUUGGGACUGAGUCUGAUGGUCACAUGACCCUCCUCCAUGUCUCCAGGUCUGAUGAAGGCCUCUACAAGUGUAGAGUCCAGAGUAAAGAGUCUCCAGAGAGCCGGCUGUCUGUCUCAGAGAAACCCACCACCACUACAAGUCCUCCUACCUCCAGGUCUGUUUCUACCCCUCCCUCCUGGUUGCUUCCUGUUGCUGCAUCCCUCUGUGUUCUGGUUCUGCUGGUUCUGAUAAUUCUGGUUGUUCUGUUGCGACGAUGCAUCCGAAGGAAACCUGAAGCUGAAGUGGAAAAGGGAGAAGACGUCACAUACAGCGAUGUCAAAAUAUCCCAAAGCCGGAACAAGCCAAUCAAACAGAGCCGAGAGAGCGGUCCAGCUGCAGUUUACUCUGAGGUGAAGACGAAGAGAGACGUCUGUUACGGAGAGAUCACGAUCAACACAAACAGGAGGAGAGCCGCUGAAGUGGAAAUGGGAGAAGACGUCACAUACAGCGAUGUCAAAACAUCCCAAAGCCGGAAGAAGCCAAUCAAAAAGAGCCGACGGGGCCGAGAGAGCGGUCCAGCUGCAGUUUACUCUGAGGUGAAGAGGAAGAGAGACGUCUGUUACGGAGAGAUCACGAUCAACACACACAGGAGGAGAGCAGAGAUCGUGCCCGAGCCGGACGUCCUGUACUCGUCUCUGAAGUAAACCUGAAGAAGGACUCCUCUGGACAUCUUUUUAUUCUGUUUUACUAGUGACUCUAAAGUGACUCUAUAGUGACUCUGUGGUGACUCUAUAGUGACUCUAUAGUGACUCUGUGGUGACUCUAUA